GCUGAACGCGCUUUACUUUUUGUCAGAAAAAAAUACAUGUUCCUCCAUGUGGAUAUUUCUCGAACUCUGGAUCUCACUGGUUUGACAUUUAACAGGAAUAAAAAAAGGAGCCUAAAGAAGGAGCCGAUCUAAACAGCGGGGUCCUGAGCACCUGAGCACCGGGAGAUCCGCAGCCUUCUGUCCGUCCAGACUCCGGUCUCCCCUCCGCGCUUCUAGCAUGAUGUCUUAUCUCAAACAGGCCCCGUACGGGAUGAACGGACUGGGCCUGAGCGGAGCUGCCAUGGACCUGCUGCACCCGUCUGUGGGCUACCCCGCUAACCCGCGGAAGCAGCGCCGGGAGCGGACCACCUUCACCCGGACGCAGCUUGACAUUCUGGAGUCGCUGUUCGCCAAGACGCGCUACCCGGACAUCUUCAUGAGGGAGGAGGUGGCGCUCAAAAUCAACCUGCCGGAGUCCAGAGUGCAGGUCUGGUUUAAGAACAGGCGAGCCAAGUGUCGGCAGCAGCAGCAGAGCAGCAACAGCGCCAAGGUGAAACCAAUGAAGAAGAAGUCGUCGCCGACAAGAGAGAGCACGGGUUCAGAGAGCAGCGGCCAGUUCACGCCGCCGGCGGUGUCCAGUUCCUCCUCCUCCACAUCCUCCUCUACAUCAUCCUCUUCCUCCUCCUCCGUCUCCUCCGGCCUUGGUGGUCCUGGUCUGAUCAGCACCUCUACCUCCAUCACUGCACCAGUGUCAUCCAUCUGGAGCCCAGCACCCAUCUCCCCAGCCCCAGCGCCGGCCACGCUGCCCGACCCUGCCGGCCCCACCAGCGCCUCCUGCAUGCAACGCUCCGUGUCGUCCUCCGCCACCGGGGGAACACCCUCCUACCCAGUGUCUUACAGCCAAACGGCAGCGGCGUACAGCCAGGGUUACCCGGCCUCGGCAUCAGGCUCUUACUUCGGUGGCGUCGAGUGCGGCUCAUACCUGGCACCCAUGCACUCCCACCACCACCCGCACCAUCCACACCAGCUCAGCCCCAUGACUGGCAGCUCCAUGUCAGGACACCCCCACCACCACAUUGGUCAGACGUCAGGGCACCACCACCACCACCACCACCCGUCACACCACCACCAGGCAUACAGCGCACCUGGCCUCACCUUCAACUCCACAGAUUGUCUGGAUUACAAAGAGCAGACAGCAGCUUCAGCCUGGAAACUCAACUUCAACACCUCCGACUGUUUGGACUACAAAGACCAGGCCUCAUGGCGUUUCCAAGUGCUGUGACUUCCUGUUUCUCUUCUUCUCUGCUUACAAAGAAGUAUUCUUUUUGUUGUUGGUGGUUUAUUUUUGAAGAUCCUUUAAACUAAUAGUAGAGACAUUUAAAAAGUUUAUUUGUGAACGAACUGAAACGAUGCACCUGAAGCCUGCGUAGCAGGCUCAGUUCUGUCGUUGUCAGCUGAUCGUCUCGUCCAGGAUUAUUUUUCUACUCCAGAACGCGAAAGAAACUGACCCAGUUACAACUUUUGAAGCCUUUAAUAGUCAAAUUUCAGUGGAACCUGCAAGAUUGUGCAGUCUGGGAUCGUCUCAGUGAUCAGUUAACUCCAACUUGAUCUGGAUUAUGCUUCAAAAUAAUUAAAUCAACUUUGACAGAAAUAACAUGAAAAAAUUGGACUCUUGAGUGGACUUUUUCUAAAAACAUGAUGCUGCUAUGAUUUUCAGGUUGCUGAUGUUCAUUUCUAUCUGAUUUCCAACUUGAAUCUUGCUCAGAAACUCGUCGUCCAGAC